UAAAUUCCACUCUCUUUAUGAAAGAAAUUCCACUUCCUAAUAUAAUAAUAAUAUGGCAUUACUACUCUUUUCCCAAUUUUCCCUUUAUCAUUUUGCAGAGCACCUACAUCUGUUUGGAUCUUCUUUCCCAACUAUGACAAAACCUAAAAAUCCCACUCAGAUUUCUUCUUGACCCCCAUUUUUGUUUCUUUCAAAAUCCCAUUUUUCUUUGUUGUAUUAUUUCUUCCGCAAAAUUGUGAAAAAACCCAUGUUUUUGUUAAUCAUAUUAGCACAGUUGCUGAUUUAUGGCAAUGCUUGAGGUCUAGUUCUUGUGGCAUGCUUAAAGUGAUGACGAGAGGCAUGGGGGUGGGCUUGAGAAGGGGACCCUAGAAAAUUGAGGUUAAUUGCUGUUAAUUUGCAUUCAUCUUCGUAAUGCUUGCCGAUAGACAUAUCGUUGAAGAGGCUCUUCGACGGGAUUUGGAGUCUCUGAGUGUAUCCAAGAAGCUUGCUAGAAGUGUUAGCCAGAAAUUACGGAAGAAGAGAAUUCACAGAAGUGCUGGUGGUGAAGAAGACACUACUAAUGGGUUUGCUUUGAGAUGUCUUACUUUAUAUGGAAGAGGGGGAGGUUGUAAAGUAGGGGCCGACACUAGUGAAGAAUUUGGAGAUUCAAGCAAUAGGAGGAAGUCAAGUGCCAGCGAAGAAGGGAAAGGAUACAAGCCCAUGUGCGGGGCUGAGGAGACAGGAGUUGAUUGCUUCUCCUAUGGAAGGAAGGAACGUUUUUGGAAACGAAAUAAUAGAAAGGAAAUUGAAUUUGAGGAAUCACAAAGAAACAGCAUAAUGAAUCUUUCACUUCCAGAUGAUAUUUUAGAGAUGUGUUUGAUGAGGCUUCCUCUUUCAAGUCUCAUGAAUGCUCGUCUUGUGUGCAAGAAAUGGAAUUACUUGACAACAACUCCUCAGUUUAUGCAGAUGCGGAGAGAAGGUCUGUAUCAGACUCCGUGGCUAUUUGUGUUUGGUGCUGUUAAGGAUGGUUAUUGCUCUGGGGAAAUUCACGUACUUGAUGUUGCACUUAAUCAAUGGCACAACAUAAAUGCUGCAGUUCUCCGAGGAAGGUUCAUGUAUUCUGUUGCCAGCAUGCGGGAUGAGAUUUUUGUAGUUGGAGGCUGUUCUAGUCUGACUAGUUUUGGAAGGGUAGAUAGAAGUUCAUUUAAGACACAUAAGAGUAUGUUGGUUUUUAGCCCCUCAACAAAAUGUUGGCGUAAAGUUGCAUCUAUGAAGCACGCUAGAUCAUCUCCUAUUCUGGGGAUUUCUGAGAUCAGUCUAGAUUGUCCAAUCAUUCAAAGUCAAUCAAGCCGCCAAGAUAGACGUUUUCCUAGGUCAAGGCUUGGUGGGGUCUCCGAUGUUUAUGAAGAUCCCCACCGGCUCUCAGUCAGACGACAGUUGAGAAGCUUGUCUGAUGAAAAUGCUGGUUUCUUGGCUCCUAUUAAAAAGCAAUGCAGGCCUUUGAGACAAAGAAGUGAGACUUCAAGCCUAAGGGACUGCAAGAGGUUUGUGCUGAUUGCUAUUGGUGGUCUUGGUUCUUGGGAUGAGCCUUUAGACACAGGAGAGCUAUAUGACUCUAUAUCAAAUAAAUGGAUAGAAAUUCAAAAAGUUCCUCUAGAUUUUGGCAUUGUUUGUUCUGGAGUUGUUUGCAAUGGGACAUUCUUUGUUUAUUCGGAGUCUGACAAGCUUGCUGGUUAUGACAUAGAAAGGGGAUAUUGGACUAUCAUCCAAACAAGCCCUUCACCCCCUCGUGUUCAUGAAUAUUACCCAAAACUUGUCUCGUGCAAUAGCCGUUUGUUCAUGCUUUCUGUUUCGUGGUGUGAAGGAGAUGGUCAAAUAGGUAGGAGAAACAAAGCCAUUCGAAAGAUGUGGGAGCUUGACCUUAUGUAUCUUACGUGGACUGAAGUAUCUACCCAUCCUGAUGCCCCUAUGGAUUGGAAUGCUGCAUUUGUUGCUGACAAGAAUCUCAUCUUUGGAGUUGAAAUGUUCAAAAUAUUUGGGCAAGUUUUGGAUUUUUUUACUGUUUGCGAUGUAUCUGAUAAGGUAAUGAAAUGGAGCCAUAUUUCGAGAAACCGUAUGGCUCAUGAACUUGAUGUAUCCUCGUCUGUAACAAAAACUAUCAUGGCUGUUCAUCUGUGACCCUCCUUCAGCCAGCUCAGAAUUGCCAGAAACUUGAAGAGUUCUGCUCAUUGGGUCGUCCUAUUAGUUGUUUAUGAAAGAAAAUGGCUAAAUGAAGCUGUUCUCCGUCAAACAAAGUGGAAAAAUUACAGUGAGACUCACACUAAGUGGAUUUACCAAAAUGCACAACCCUCUCAUGUUCGGCAGAGAACAUCUCUAAUAACUGUAGUAUGACUACUAUGUUUUUAGUCUCUGAUUGGGAAGCAAAGUUGUUCAUUUCAAAUUUUAUGGUUUUUCGGAUUAAUUCCAAGCAGGCUGAAGCUGGAUCCUUGAAUUGCCAAUGCUUUUUAGUAGUUAGUUCUGAAUUUUGAUUGAUUGCACAAUGUGGAAAACAGGGACUUCUGGGAUCCACACUUCAGAGUUUUCUCAUAAUUCAGUGUUAGUUGUAUCA